UGGGCCUCGCCUCGCCCGCCGCGCUGCUCUGAGCUCAGUCGCGUCUCGCACGCCGGGAGAGCCGCUUCGCCGCUGACGGCGCGCACCGCCUCCUCGCCGCCCCUCGCGUCGGCGUCGGCAGGCAUUCCCUCGUCACCCGCGGCGGCGUUGUCGCGACGCGUCACACGCGUUGUUGUCAUCGGAGCCCCCCUCCGGGUGACGGCGCCCGCGCACUCGCCCCGUUGACCAGUGCUUUGUGUCAACCACGCGUCGUCCACCGCUCGUGUUCAACCACCCCCUGUUCAGCGCUUCUGGCCCACCAACGCCCCGUGAUAACCGCCCAGCAGUCAGGUCCGGGCGGGCGCGCUAGAGGGCGCCGCUCGGAGGACGGCGGGAGCCAUGGGCAUCGGGCGCUGGGCAUGAGCCUCCACGGCCUCCGCAGUCACCCGGCAUGCGCCCCGAGGGCCUCCGGCGCCCCGAGCGCCCGCAGCAGCGGCAGCAGGACGACCAGCAGGACGACCAGCAGGACCAGUAUCCUCUCGGGGGUGCGCCGGAGGAAGGUCGUCUCGCCAGGACGUAGGUCCGGCAGCCUCUCGGACGCCGCCCCGCCGCGCCCUGGCCGUGUCGCUGGUGCGCCCGCCUGCCCCUAAAUGCGAGUGGUGCGGGCCGUGGGCGUGCGCCGCCGCCAUGGCCCCCUGGCGGGCUGGUGCCGCACGCUGCUGCUGCUGUUCCUCGUGUCCUUCGUGUGGCUGCAGCUGCACCUGGCGGGCCUCAACAGCCGCGGCUGGCGCAACAGCGGCGCCGGCGACGCCUCGGACGGCAACGACUCGGCCGUCAUCCUGGCCAUGGUGCCGCAGGUCCUGCACAAGUACCUGGUGUCGCGGCCGCGCAACCUGACGGGGGCUGGGGGCUGGGCCGGUGGUGGCGGCGCUGGCGGCCCGGGCCCCGCGGCCAACGACAGUCUCCAGCGCGCCGCCCCCGUCCUCGUGCCCGGGCCGCCGCGGGGGCCUCCCGGAGGAGCCCCGGACAUGGAUGCGAUCAAGGCCGGCAUCCGCCGCUACAACGACGAGCAGCGCGUGCUCAACGAGGACAUCUUCGGGCCGCUGCAGCCCGACGCCCUGGUCGUGGUCGUGCAGGUGCACACGCGCAUCGUCUACCUCCGCCACCUGAUCGUGAGCCUGGCGCAGGCCAAGGACAUCGACCAGGUGCUGCUCGUGUUCAGCCACGACGUGUACGACCCGGAGGUGAACGAGCUGGUUCAGGCUGUGGACUUCUGCAAGGUGAUGCAGAUCUUCUACCCUUUCUCGAUCCAGACCCAUCCCCAUUCCUUCCCAGGCGAGAGUCCCGACGACUGUCCGCGUGACAUGAAAAAAGAAGAAGCGAUGAUCAAAAGGUGCACCAACAUGGACCAUCCAGACCUUUAUGGUCACUAUAGGGAGGCAAAAUUCACACAGACCAAGCACCAUUGGUGGUGGAAAGCUAACCGAGUCUUUAACCAGCUAGAGGUGACGAGGAACCAUACUGGCCUUGUCCUUUUUCUGGAAGAGGACCACUUUGUUGCUGAAGAUUUUAUUCAUGUGCUUCGGUUAAUGCAAAAAACUUGUUCAACCAAUUGUCCUCAAUGCAACAUUCUCUCCCUUGGAACAUACCUAAAAACAUACAACUACUACGGGGGUGAUUCUAAAAAGGAGAUGCUUCGUGCCAUGAAACGCCAUCAGGGUGUUUCAGCAGACUCUGUAGCUCCCUCAUGGAACUUCCAGAUUCUGCCUUCUCUCUAUCAGCAUUAUCAAAAGGCUGAAGUUACUCCAUGGAUUAGUAGUAAACAUAACAUGGGUAUGGCCUUCAACCGUUCAGUUUGGGCAGAUAUGCGUGCAUGUGCACAAUACUUUUGCACAUAUGAUGACUACAAUUGGGAUUGGAGUCUACAGCAUACAAGUCAAAAUUGCCUUCCUCAUCGUUUACAUGCCAUGGUCAUGAAAGGUCCACGCGUGUUCCAUAUUGGUGAAUGUGGUGUUCAUCAUAAGAAAACCAACUGUGAGUCAACUGCUGUUAUAUCAAAGGUACAGAAGGUGAUUCUAGCAGCAAGCAGGCAUCUCUAUCCUUCCCAUUUAACUCUUACUGUAACAAAUACUCUUAAGAAGACCAAACUUAGAAAGGGAAAUGGAGGUUGGGGUGAUAUACGAGAUCACAAGCUUUGUCUUAACAUGACCAUCCCAACCAGAUAACAAGAGUUGAUUUUGCCCUCAUGAGGGUAAAUGUUGUUGUAUAUUGUAUCAGAAAUUCAAAUGAGUUCUGGAUUGGAUACAUCACUAUUUACCUGCCUAAGAGAAGAAAUCAAAUUUUCAUUGAAGGGGGGUAUAUAUCAAGUUUUCCAUACACUCAUAAACUGUAUUCAUUACCUUAUUUAUGGCUUUGCCAUUGAUUCUCACAUACCAAAGAAUAGCCUAUAACAAUACUGAUUGGCAAAAAAUUUGAGCUCUGGUAUUAUAAAAGUAUACUCAUCUCGUCAUGUGUACAUGUGAUAAAUAGGUUUUUUUUUCAUUAAGUGAAUCACAUUUAAACUUCUAUCUCUACUUGUAAUCGCUUGCCAACAUGGUACCAUUGUGCAACAUUCCUUACUGGCCUCUGUUGUGAUCUCAUGUUCAAAGUAUAUAAACGUUUAAUUCUGAAUACUGUAGUUUCCACAACUUUGUUUCACUUUAGAAUAUGGGCUACUGUACUGUACUUUGGGGUUUCUACACCCUUCCUGUGUAGUUAGGUAUGUGCGAAAAAAAAAAUGCUACUGUGUAUGUGAUAAAUUUAUCACCCUUUAAGGGACAUUCUUAAUUUUUUGGAAUUACUUUGUUCCCAGCCACUUAUACUUCUUGCUUAGUUUAUCAUAUUUUGUACUUACCAUCUCCAUUUGCUUUCAACGCAUUGUAUUCCUAUGGAUAUAUAUUUUAUAUAUUGUUUAAAUGUUAAUAUAAGAAUCUCAUAAGCUGAUUUUUACUUCUUACUUGAAGUGACUUCUUGCAUUUAGGGUAAUGCAUUAUAUUACAUGUAAUAUAAUCCAAUUCUAGUCUCUGCCCUUUCCUUCUGUCUUAUGGUUUUUGUUUUUUGUGGAAAGAGAGUCAGUUUGCAAAUUUUCAUACAGCACCAGUAAUGCAAGAAGUGAGAUCAAAUCAUGAUUUUAUUAAGAAAAGAUUGGGUGAUUAGCAUUUCAUUGUGUGUUGUCUGUGUUUUCUUUGCGCUUUGUUGGUCUUUAUUUUAGUCAAAGGAGGAAAAGGUGUUGCUCAUUGAUUUAUUUGUGAUAUACUCACUCCAUUUGAUUGUAAUUUUUUGCAAUCAUUGCACUGUGGAGUUUUAAGGUAUACCUUAACUGAAAAAAUGUUAUCUUUUCUUGUAGCUUUACCUUACUGUACAUAAUUAUUUUUAAGUCUUUUUAGAAAGUAUGUUAUAGGAGUGUGCUGUGAUGUCUCUUGCCGUAUGAUGGUGCUUCAAAGAAAUCUGAUAUUGGUGUGGUCAAAACAUCAAAAAAAUUAAAAACACAUGAAGAUGACAGUUGGUCUCUUUGAAAAACAAUGAAGACCCAAUUAAGCACCUUAUUAAUAAACCUCCCAGUCAGCCACCUUAUUUUUAAUUUUGAUACAUUUUGCUGGCAACUUCAAAAUAUUUUAGGGGACAAAAGCUUCAAAAUAGAACGAAUUCUUUUUUUCAUGUUAUGUUGUGUGACUGCAGAUUUUCAGAUUUCAUUUCUUAAAGAGUUUGUGUAAGUUUAUCUUUUCUCCGCAGAGUUUAUUCUAUUCAGAUGUUUUUUUUUUCUAGUAGGAACAAAUGGAAGAAAGACGGUUUUUGAUUUUAGUACCAUUCUUCAUUUUUGUAUUCUUUACUCUUGUACAGAUUAGUAUUAUUUCCACUUUAAUUGUUGGACUUACACUUCUGCUUAACAACAUCUUUUGCGUUUCUAAUCCUCAGAAUGUUAGACCUAGAAUCUCUCAGGACAUCUACUUUUUCAUUUUCCAGGUUUCUUAUUACUAAUAAAUGACAAACUCAGAAUGCAAGCAUUUCUGGUAAAAUUCAUGAUCAAUCUAAGUCAUGUUUAUCUAUUUUAAGAAUAUGAUCUAGGGAUAUGUCAGUACUUCCUGUAUUGCAUCUGUUCGUGUGUACAUUUGAAAAAUUAUCUGGUAUCUAGUCAACAGAAAGUUUUCAUAGGAAAGAAUGUACUGUUUCAAUCUUCUUUAUUUGGCCUAUUUGAGAAAUAAGCGCAAGUGCAAAUUACCUUUAGUAAUUUUUUGUUUAUGAUGGUUGUCACUUGGCAUGACUAGUAUUUUCUGUUACCAAUAAAAAUGUUCUUUUUACAAGAUUA